AUGGCCCGGCUCCUGACGGUCACCCUCGGUUGCAUCAGCCUCCUCUACCUACAGCUCCCAGGCGCGCUGUCCCUCGGCCUGGCCCGGAGCCGACCGCCCACGCGACACAGGGAGCCCCCAGCCCGGACACCUGCCAGUGGCUCGCAGCCUCGGCACCCUGCAGCCCUUCCCGCAGUCUGGAAGCUGCACCAGGCCCUCCAGCCCAAGAAGAGUGCCAGCCUGGCCCCUGCCAGGGGUCAGCCUCUCCGCAAUGGCCCCCGCCGACACUUGGGUCCCCGCAGGCCUAGAGCCCAGCUCCUGCGUGUGGGCUGUGCGCUGGGUACCUGCCAGGUGCAGAACCUCAGCCACCGCCUGUGGCAGCUCGUCGGGUCGGCCGGCCCCCGGGACUCGGUCCCUGUGGACCCCAGCAGCCCCCACAGCUAUGGCUGA